CUUGCAAGCAAUUACUCCCUCCAUUCCAUAAUACUUGUCGUGGUUUUAGUUCAAGCUACGAAAUGAGGAGCCGCCUCUUCCACUCUUCCUCGCUCCUCGUGCUGUGCUUCCUCUCCCGAAGCUCGGCGGUUAUGGCAGCUGCUCCUCGUCUCCCCGUCCGAGCGGUGAACCUCGGCGGGUGGCUGGUGACGGAGGGCUGGAUCCUGCCGUCCCUCUUCGACGGCAUCCCUAACAACGAUCUCUUGGUAAUCAACGACGGCACGCAGCUGCAGUUCAAGUCGGUAACGCAGAACGCCUACGUGGCCGCGGAGAAUGGCGGCGGCGCGGGGCUGGUGGCGAACCGGCCCCAGGCGUCCGGCUGGGAGACCUUCAAGCUGUGGCGGAUCAACGAGGUGACAUUCAAUUUCAAAGUGUUCGGCAACCAGUUCGUGGGCGUCCAGAGCGACGGCUCGCUGGUUGCAACGGCGGCGUCGCCAGGGCGGUCGGGGACGUUCCGAUUGGUCUGCAGCCCCGGUGACAAGUACAGGAUGCGGAUCAUGGCACCCAACGGGCUUUUCUUGCAGUCACAUUCCGUUGACGGCGUGCAUGCAAACAAAGAUGCCUCGCUGACGGCGGACUACGGGAAGAGCACAAGCUGGGGCGACGACGACCCGUUGGUGUUCGCGGUGACCAGAGUGACGGGGCUCCAAGGGGAGUACCAGAUCUGCAUCACUGUGCCCUACUGUUUUAAUUCAGAGCUAUAUAUAAACCAUUGGAGCACAUAUAUAGUGGAAGCUGACUUCAGGUUCAUCUCCGAAAGCGGGCUGACCGCAGUGAAAAUACCAGUGGGAUGGUGGAUCGCUAACGACCCCAGACCUCCAGCACCUUACGUUGGAGGUUCACUUAAAACCUUGGACAAGGCAUUCAAAUGGGCAGAGAAGUACAAUCUAGGCGUCAUCAUUGACCUACACGCAGCUCCUGGGUCGCAAAAUCCCUUCGAGCACAUCUCCUCCAAGGAUGGCUCACAGGACUGGGGCACCACCGACACUAACAUCGCACAAACUGUGCAAGUGAUAGAUUUCCUCGCAUCCAGGUACGCCAAAAGCCCAAGCCUCCUCGCAGUUAAGCUAAUGAAUGAGCCGUUGGCGCCCGGCGUAUCCCUGGAGAGCCUAAAAACGUACUACCGCGACGAGUACAACGCCGUCAGGAAGCACUCAUCGGAUGCCUACGUGAUCAUGUCCAACCGGUUGUCAUCCCCGGACCCAACAGAGCUCCUCGGGCUCGCUGGCGGGUUACCCGGAUCCGUCAUCGAUGUGCAUUACUACGCGUUGUUCAACAACAUGUUUGAUACUUUCACCGUGCAACAAGAUAUUGAUUUCAUCAAGACCAACUACUCAAGCGACCUUAGCAUUGUCACGAGGGAAAGUGGUCCCCUCACCUUUGUAGGAGAAUGGGUGGCUGGGUGGAAGGUGCCUAAUGCAGUGAAGCAAGAGUUCCAAAUGUUUGCAAAUGCACAGAUGGAUGUGUAUUGGAGGGCAACGUUUGGAUGGGCAUAUUGGACUCUCAAGAAUGUGAACAACCACUGGAGUAUGGAGUGGAUGAUCAACAAUGGAUACAUCUCCUUAAAAAGCUAGGAUAUGUUCUAUGUGUCAUUACUCAUGACUCUUGAAAUAAAUUUGUAACGACAAAUGAAAUAAAUUUCUAGAACAAUGAAUACAUCUAUCAAAAAAUGUUUCGAUUCGAAUAAAUUAGUAGUCUUUGGCCAUUUGCAACACAAGUAUCCUGUGUUGAAAUAUAUACACCACUUUUCUCCAUAAGUUUAGGCUUGGGUGAA